UAGGGCCGGUUUCCUCCUUUCCGCACGUGCGAUCCGCGAACCGUACGAGCUAAUCGCUGGUGAUCCGAUCAGGUGCUUCCCCAAGAUGUAACGGACUUUGCACAACAGGUUCCUGGGAUAAUGGCAACCGCGUCUAUUUUCCACGGUGAGAAAGUUGCUCACCCCUUUCCCGCGGAACGCGUUUGAAUUUGGCGCAAGUGCCGGGAGAAACCUGUUCUUUUUUAUUGUUAUUGCCAAGAUUGAGUUAAGUGUGUGACAUUUUAUUGCGUAACGUAAUGCUUGUGUUGUGUUUUAUAUUCCGACCCGAAGGAUAGACGCCUUUUUCUUGUGGACGUUUUCGAGGCAAUAUAAGAUUUGCAAUACGUGCAAUAUUGUUUUGUGAUACUAGUGUUUAAAUGGGCCUCAAGAUGAAGUACUUCACGGCCGGUCACAGGGAAUCCUACACCCUGAUAGCUAGGAAGCGAUACAUGAAGAAACUGAGACAGCAUCAAAGCAGCACGACGUGGCAUGGUAGCCCCCUAUCGGGAGUGCAGAGUCCGCAGGCGAAGCCGAGCCCGGACAGAUUGAAAGGAACGACCCACGACCUCUUCGAGCUGCUCGAGAAGGCCCAGAGCUCUAGGCUAGAUGACCAAAGAUGCAGGCUACCUCCUUAUUUCAAUCAGCCUCCCCCCGCGCAGAGACAGCACAGCCAGACGCCGGAGAAGGAGAUGAAAGAUGACAGGCUGUCGACCAACAACAACAUCAAGAUUUCCCCCAUCCCUACUCCCUCCCUGCAGACGCCCCCCGCGUCCCCCCAACAGCCCAACCAGUCGAAGAGGCUCCUGCAGGAGAUCCUCUCCCGGCCGGGUCCCUAUCCCAUGAUAGCGGUGCCCCAGAAGGGGUACUGGGUGGACGGUACUGACCACGAGGAGCAAUUCGAUCACAGGGGGAUGCCCGUCGUCCCGCACCCCAGCUGGAGGGCGAAGAUCGAAACCGACGACACGGCGAAGUGCUACAGGAGGUUUUUCGUUGGAAGGGAACACUCGUCCCUCAUAGGCAACGACGACAACCUGGGCCCCGUGCUCCUCUCCAUCAAGACGGAGAACGUGGCCAACCAGGAGCACACCCGUAUCCUCCUGCGGCUCCGCACCGGAACCAUGCACGAGAUAGUCCCGUCCUCGUGCUUAGGUUCCAGCCCCAACCCGGCCAAGAUGGCCAAGCUGCUCAACGAGCAGCUCAACAUUGAAAACUUUGUACCUGUUCUGCAUCCCAAAGCCUCCCAGUUGAUAGCCAACUACGACGAGCACGUACUCGUCACGAACUUCAAGUUCGGCGUCCUCUACCAACGGUACGGACAAACUACCGAGGAGGACCUCUUCUCCAAUAGCGACACCAGCCCCGCUUUCGACGACUUCCUCUCGCUGCUCGGACAAAGGAUACAACUCAAGGAUCACAAAGGUUACAGGGGUGGUUUGGACAUCCAAAACGGUCACACGGGAGACACGGCGGUCUAUGAUGUCUUCAAGGAGAGGGAGAUCAUGUUCCACGUGUCCACACUCCUGCCGUACACGGAGAACGACCCGCAGCAGUUGCAGAGGAAGAGGCACAUCGGGAACGACAUCGUGGCGAUCGUUUUCCAGGAGGAAAACACGCCGUUUUCGCCCGACAUGAUAGCGUCCCAUUUCUUGCACACCUUCAUCGUCGUGCAAGCCAUCGAUCCCAACUCGUCUAAUACAAGAUACAAAGUGAGCGUAACAGCGCGCGACGACGUCCCAUUCUUUGGUCCAACCUUGCCAACCCCGGCGAUAUUCCGCCAUGGUCCGGAAUUUAAGGAAUUCCUGCUGACCAAGCUGAUAAAUGCCGAAAACUCCUGCUACAAAGCAGACAAGUUCGCCAAAUUGGAGCUGAGGACGCGUACUUCGCUCCUACAGACGCUUACCGACGAAUUGAAACAGAAGACAUCAGAGUUCUUGGGAGGCAGCGCCAAUCUCAUACCGGGAACUCCCAAGAGUGACUCUGGUCCAGGUUCCAGGUUUAUAGACACUGUGAAGAAGGCUUGGAGUGCCAGAGUCAAGACCAGUCAGAGUGUAGAUAACAAUCUGGGUAAUAACGGACAUGAGAGGUUGUCUAAGAAGAGCAGCCAGCCCACCAUUUCUGAAUCCACACCAUCGAGCGGAAGAUCAAUAUCGAAGAGCUCCAUUGUCUCAAACGGGAAGAAAAGCGGAAGCACCAACUCAUCCACUGCAUCUUCCCCAGAUCUGACAGCCCAUGCACAUUCACGGCCACCUCUAUCUGAAGCAAGUGACGACUCGUCGCUUACUAGCGAGGACUUGGAACACUUAGCUGGAGGCUACAUAGACAGUGACACGGGUCUGGAAAGCAUGUCUAGUGCCGAGACUGCCGCAAAGGCUUGCAGCGUGUGCCAGGACAGACCUGGUAGCACCACCGGACCAAGCACCGAAGCCCUCAUCCAGGAAGUAACGAGGUUGAAGUGUGACAAGUUGGACUUGCUACGACAGAAUGUGAAUUGUCAGAGGGACAUAAAAAGAUUAAGAGAGAAGGAACUGGGUCUUCAAGGUGACCUGGCAGUGGCCACGAAGGAAAUAAUUCGAUUGAGAGAACUUCUAAAAGAUUACAGCCCAAAUGGUGAAAGAUCUCCAAUGUAAAAUCCUCCUCACACUCUAAGUUCUUUCUGAUUUGUAUUAUUUGUAUUAUUUUCUCUUUCAACUUGUAUGCUUCUUAUUCUUAUUUCAUUUUACAAGUAUUACUUCAGUUCUCUCUCUCUUCGUAUAAAUUUAGAAGUUUGGUUGUUAUAGUAGUUAUAGGUAAUUAUUGUUUUAAUAUUUAAAAUAUAUAAUUACUACUAUUAAACACAAUAGUUAGAAGAAAUCUGUACGUAAAAAUGUCAAUUAGAUGUUUGCACAUACAUACACCCACACACCACAGCAUAUUAAAAAUACAAAAGGUUCACAUCACACUCUUGACUACUGAAUUCUUUAUUUUUGUUUGUGAUAUUUUUUUGUACUUUUAUAAAUUUAUUUUCUUCAAGGAUUUUAUGUUUAGUUCUUAGAUAUUUAUUAAUGUAUAAUGAAAACUGUAUAUUAUUAAAUACAAACUUUACCAACCUAAUUAUACCAAAGUUAACAUUCCCCAAAAAUUCUGUUUCAGAAAAAUUAAUUAUUUACUAAGUGUAUAUAACAAAGUAUUUAUUAGCUUUUAAGUUUUUUUUGUAUUUAGAAGAAAAAACUUAGUUUGUGCAGAUAUUGUUAUAGAUUCUUUAUUUUUACUUUGUUCAUAUAUUUUUAAGUUUGUACAACUGCAAUAUGUAUUACUAAAGUUUAGUACGAAUGUAUUAUGUAGAUUUUGUGUACAUAAACUUUCCUCACUCUAAAUUCUCCCACCCCACAUGUUCCCAAAGUGUUUUCCGAAAGAAAUUUCUCAUCUCCGAAAGGGGAGGUGAUUAUUUACACAAAAAUUUGGUCGAGCCGUGCAAUUCUCGACAGAGUUUAAUGCACUAUAUGUGUACUAUUUAAUAGAUAAUAUAUAACCACUAUUCUUUAUUCUGAAGAAGCUUUUAUUAUUGUUUAAGUACCUAAUUAUCUAAGUGUUCUUUUGUACAAGUUAUAUGAUUGUUUUUUAUGUACCUUGAUUUGUAUUUGACAAUAUUUUUUGCUGCAUCAAAAUCUAAUAAAAUGUCUAUUACCUACUGUGA